UUUCCAUGAACAAUAUCAAACAUGUUCCGGAGAAAAUGUUUAUUUUUAACAAGAAAAUUAUUAUGUAAUAAUCAUCUUUUGAACUGUGCCUGCCACGACGGCUCAAAUGAAUUGGCGUGUAUAACAGGAGAACCUUAUGGACCAAUACUGAAAACUCCGGUACCGGGACCAAGGUCUAAAGUAUUAUAUCUUCAACUUAAUAGAAUCCAGCAAGCUGGAUCCGUGGUAUUAUUUGCCGAUUAUGAUAAAAGUGCGGGAAAUUAUUUGGCGGAUGCGGAUGGAAAUAUGCUUUUAGACGUGUUCACACAAAUAGCGUCACUACCUCUUGGAUACAAUCAUCCUGAACUUAUCAACGCUUUCAGCAGUAACCCUUAUAACAUAAAUGCCUUAAUCAAUCGUCCGGCACUUAGCGUAUUUCCUCCAAGGGACUGGCCUGACAAACUAGAACAAGUGCUUUUAAGUUGUGCACCACAAUGCAUGACACAUGUGCAUACUAUGAUGUGCGGCGCUUGUUCUAUUGAGAAUGCUUUGAAGGUUGCGUUUUAUGCGUAUCGUAAAUUACAAAGAGGAAAUUCUAUACAAUUCACACAAGCUGAACUAGACACUGUAAUGUGCAAUGAACCACCAGGAUCCGCUAAGCUAUCUGUGUUGUCUUUUCGGGGUUGUUUCCAUGGGCGAACAUUUGGAGCGCUAUCUGCGACUAGAUCAAAAGCUAUUCAUAAAUUGGACAUUCCGGCAUUUAAUUGGCCUGUAGCUGAUUUCCCAAAAUACAAAUAUCCUCUUACUCAGCAUAAUUUGGAAAACAAACUAGAGGAUGAGAGAUGCCUUGAGACGGUGUGUUGUCAAAUAAAAAAUUACAAAUAUAAGGGACAUCCAAUCGCUGCAUUAAUCAUUGAGCCAAUACAAUGUGAAAGUGGUGACAAUGAAGCUUCGGCUGAUUUCUUUAAGUCGCUUCAGGAAAUUUGUAAACAGAACUGUAUAGCUUUUAUUUUAGACGAGAUUCAAACUGGUUGUGGACCAACUGGUAGAUUUUGGUGCCACGAACACUUUGACCUUCCAUCACCUCCCGACAUUGUUGUCUUUAGCAAAAAGAUGAUAACUGGUGGAUUUUAUUUUGCGUCCGAAUAUUUCGCUCCACAUCCUUACCGAAUUUUCAAUACGUGGGCGGGAGAGCCGUCAAAAUUAAUUUUGCUGGAAAAGGUUCUGCAUGUCAUACGUGCGCAAAACUUGCUUUCAUUGGUGAGAUACAGUGGUAUAUGCCUCAAGAAAGGACUCCAUGAACUGGAAAUCGAAUUCCCAAACUUAAUUAGCAAUGUGCGGGGUAGAGGAACAAUGCUAGCGUUUACUUGUGUAAACGAGGAUAUGCGUAAUCGAAUACAAAGAGAUUUAUUAAGCAAUGGUAUUGUCGGGGGCAUUUGUGGAGCUUCAAGUAUAAGACUGAGGCCUUCUUUAAUUUUCCAGCCAAGGCAUGCACAGAUUUAUUUAAGUGUUCUUAGGGAUGUACUAAAAACUGCCAGUACUAAAAUGCGUGUUCAAUGUAAAUAACAUUUUUUUGUGAACAUGUGAACUGUCUUAUAUCAAAGUACAGAAAUCUAAUUGCCUAAUUAUUUAGAUUUCUGUGUAUCAAAGAUAUACCUUCUACCUACAUAUUUAUUUCGUAGGCAAAAUAGAUAAAAAAAG